UCCAUCCUGCCUGCCAGCACCCAGCCACCAUGUGGGAGCUCGUGGCUCUCUUGCUGUUCACCCUAGCCUAUUGCUUUUGGCCCAAGGUAAGGUGCCCUGGUGCCAAGUAUCCCAAGAGCCUCCCGUCUCUGCCCCUGGUGGGCAGCCUGCCGUUCCUCCCCAGACAUGGCCAUCAGCAUGUCAACUUCUUCAAGCUGCAGAAAAAAUACGGCCCCAUCUAUUCUGUUCGUAUGGGUCCCAAGACUCUAGUGGUUGUCGGCCACUACCAGCUGGCCAAGGAGGUGCUUGUUAAGAAGGGCAAGGAUUUCUCUGGGCGGCCCCAAGUGGCCUCUCUAGACAUCCUGUCCGACAACCAAAAGGGCAUCGCCUUCGCUGACUACGGCACCCACUGGCAGCUGCAUCGGAAGCUGGUGCUGGCCACUUUUGCCCUGUUCAAAGACGGCCACCAGAAACUAGAGAAGAUCAUAUGUCAGGAAAUCAGAGUAUUGUGUGAUGUGCUGGUCACCUACGACGGACAGUCCAUAGAUAUUUCCUUGCCUAUCUUCCUGGCAAUAACCAACAUCAUCUGCUUUAUCUGCUUCAACAACUCCUACAAGUACGGGGAUCCUGAGUUGACAGUGAUACAGGAAUAUAAUGAAGGCAUCCUGGAGAAUCUGGGAAACGGCAGUCUGAUAGACAUAUUCCCCUGGCUGCAGAUUUUCCCCAACAAAAGCCUGGAAAUGUUGAGGAAGUGUGUUAAGGCGCGAAAUGAUCUGCUGAAUGGAAUAAUGGAAAAAUACAAGGAGAAAUUCAGGAGCAACUCUACCACCAACAUGCUGGAUGUUAUGAUCCAAGCCAAGAUGAACUCAGAUAAUAACAACAGUGACCCUGAUGAGGAUUCAAAGAAGCUUUCAGAUAAAUACAUUCUUGCCACUGUAGGGGACAUCUUUGGGGCCGGUGUGGAGACCACUGCCUCUGUGAUAAAGUGGAUUGUGGCCUUCCUGCUACACAAUCCUCAGUUGAAGAAGAAGAUCUAUGAGGAGAUUGACCAGAAUAUAGGUUUCAGCCGUACACCAACUAUCAGCGACCGGAGCAAUCUCAUCCUGCUGGAGGCCACCAUCCGAGAGGUGCUUCGCAUCAGGCCCGUGGCCCCUCUGCUCAUCCCUCACAAGGCUAACAUUGACUCCAGCAUUGGCGAGUUUGCCAUUGACAAGGGCACAGAGGUUGUCGUCAAUCUGUGGGCACUGCAUCACAAUGAGAAGGAGUGGCACCAACCAGACCAGUUCAUGCCUGAGCGCUUCUUGGAUUCAACGGGGAGCCAGCUCAUCUCACCAUCGUUGAGCUACUUGCCCUUCGGAGCGGGCCCCCGCUCCUGCGUAGGUGAGGUCCUGGCCCGCCAGGAGCUCUUCCUCUUCACGUCCUGGUUGCUGCAGAGGUUCGACCUGGAGGUGCCAGAUGAUGGGCAGCUGCCCUCCCUGGAAGGCAACCCCAAGUUGGUCUUUCUGAUUGAGCCUUUCAAGGUGAAGAUCAAGGUGCGCCAGGCCUGGAGGGAAGCCCAGGCUGAGGCUAGCACCUGAAGGCCUUACCUAACACCCCCUGACUCCACCCUGUCUGGCCCCACAGUGCAGAAUUAGAGGUGCUUCCCCCACCUUUCCCUCCACCCCUUCCUCCCAGCCCACUCUGCCCUCUUUUCCAGCCUGCAGCAGUGAUGUGCAUAAAC